AUGCCAAAGCCCAAAGAGGAUCUUGGACGGCUGCCAUUCACGGAGCUCAUGAACCUUGUUCCCUUACCACAUUUUCGACCAAAUGGAAAGGAAGAGAGAGGACAGGAAAGGUUCAUGUCUACUCGGCCGGCUUUUAAUCCCGGACAAGGUUCUGCUUAUGGAGGACAUGUCUUCGCGCAGAGUGUGUGGGCGGCGAGUUUUACUGUUGGUGAGGAGAUGGUUGUACAUAACGUCCAUGGCUUCUUCCCCCUACCUGGACAAGUCGACAGGCCAUACAUCUACACCAUCUCACAUCUCUCCGAAGGCCGUUCAUACUGCACAAGACAAGUAAGUGUACGACAACCGGUCUCGCCCUCUUUCAAAUCACCUCCUCUCCCGUAUUUUGCCACCUCAUCUCCAGAUCAGAUCCCGAGGUUUGAGAUCGAAGAUUCGGAGGCGGAAUUGGGGAAGGUGUGUUUCUCGGCAAUGAUCAGUUUUAAGCGAGAUGAAGAAUACGGUAAAGGUCACCAGAUGGAAGUGGGCAUUAGGGAGAGGUACAGGAGGGUCAUUGGGGUUAGGAGACCGGACAGUUGGGCGUUCGUGCCGAGGGUUGAUUCGUCCUGGGUUAAACGAGCAACAAGCCGCUACCCAUUGGCGAAUACCUUCCCAGGACUGACCAUGCACCGCGUCGAUAUGUCCUCCUUCAAUUCUUCCCUUUCCCCAAUGUCCUAUCGCCAACUAACUUACUACACACCUCUGGGACGAAUCCCUUCCUCUUCACCCAAUCUCCAUGCCUGCGCACACCUCUACGCUAGCGAUCGCAACUCCCUCUACCUCAUCACCAACGCGUUAAAGACCGGUGAAAUUGUCCGCCAAAUGGGCAGUUUAUCACAUUCAGUGGUGUUCCACGUCCCAAUCCAAGAUCUGCUUGUCAAAGAGGGAGAGUGGUGUGUUCAAGAAGCAUGGACGCCGAGAAGCGGGAGUGGGAGAGGUGUGCAUGAGAGUUGGAUAUGGAAGUUGGAGGAUGGUGAGGAGGGAAAUAGGAGGGAUGUGCAUAUUGCCAGUUCGUGGCAAGAAGGGCUGGUGAGGUAUUCGGAGGAGAGGAGUGAGCAGAAACAGAGGUUGCUUUGGUUCGAGGGAAUGAGGAGCAUGGGGCUGCUGGGUGAUGAUAUCUAUGACGAGGAAGGACUUCCGAGAAGGGAGAGGGAGAAGUUGUAG